GGAACACAAAUAUAUGCUGCAAAAAGAGGAUCCUUUGUUGACCUUGGAAUUUUAGAUGUCAUGCAGAUAUUUGGCCGAGCCGGGCGACCACAAUUUGACAAAUUUGGGGAAGGAAUCAUUAUAACAACACAUGAAAAACUCAGCCAUUACCUCACUUUGCUUACUCAACAAAAUCCAAUUGAGAGUCAGUUUCUGGAAAGCCUUGCAGAUAACCUGAAUGCAGAGAUUGCUCUGGGAACAGUCACUAAUGUGGAAGAAGCAGUGAAGUGGAUCAGCUACACUUACCUUUACGUACGGAUGAGAGCAAAUCCAUUAGUAUAUGGCAUCAGUCACAAAGCCUAUCAGAUUGACCCAACAUUGAGAAAGCAUCGAGAACAGUUAGUCAUUGAAGUUGGACGAAAACUAGACAAAGCUCAGAUGAUUCGUUUUGAAGAACGAACUGGAUAUUUUUCCUCAACUGAUCUGGGUAGAACUGCCAGUCACUACUACAUUAAAUACAACACCAUUGAGACCUUUAAUCAACUCUUCGAUGCUCACAAGACAGAAGGUGAUAUCUUUGCUAUAGUCUCCAAAGCUGAAGAAUUUGAUCAAAUUAAGGUUAGAGAAGAGGAAAUAGAGGAGUUAGAUGCCUUAUUAAACAAUUUCUGUGAACUGUCAGCACCUGGAGGUGUAGAAAAUAGUUACGGGAAAAUAAACAUCUUACUUCAAACUUACAUCAGCCGAGGAGAGAUGGACAGUUUCUCCCUCAUAUCGGAUUCUGCAUAUGUUGCACAGAAUGCAGCUAGAAUUGUCCGUGCUCUUUUUGAAAUUGCUCUGAGGAAGCGUUGGCCUACCAUGACCUACAGGCUCCUGAAUCUUAGUAAAGUCAUUGACAAGAGACUCUGGGGUUGGGCUAGCCCUUUGAGACAAUUUUCAGUAUUACCACCACACAUUCUAACAAGAUUAGAAGAAAAAAACCUUACUGUGGAUAAGCUGAAAGAUAUGAGGAAAGAUGAAAUAGGUCACAUUUUGCAUCAUGUGAAUAUUGGACUGAAGGUCAAACAGUGUGUUCAUCAGAUUCCUUCUGUUACAAUGGAAGCUUCCAUUCAGCCCAUUACACGGACUGUCCUCCGAGUAACACUCAGUGUCUACCCUGACUUUACUUGGAACGAUCAGGUCCAUGGAACAGUAGGAGAACCCUGGUGGAUUUGGGUUGAAGACCCUACAAAUGAUCAUAUUUAUCAUUCAGAGUAUUUUCUAGCUCUUAAAAAACAGGUUCUUAGUAAAGAAGCUCAACUACUGGUGUUUACAAUCCCUAUAUUUGAGCCUUUGCCUUCCCAAUACUACAUCCGAGCAGUGUCUGAUAGAUGGUUAGGAGCUGAGGCUGUUUGCAUUAUCAACUUUCAACAUCUGAUUUUACCAGAGAGACAUCCUCCCCAUACAGAAUUACUGGAUCUUCAGCCUUUGCCAGUCACAGCAUUGGGAUGCAAAGCAUAUGAAGCCCUGUAUAACUUCAGCCACUUUAACCCUGUGCAGACACAAAUAUUUCAUACGCUGUAUCACACAGACUGUAAUGUUCUACUUGGAGCACCCACUGGAUCAGGAAAGACUGUUGCAGCUGAACUAGCCAUUUUCAGAGUCUUCAACAAGUACCCCACCUCAAAGGCAGUGUACAUCGCACCACUAAAAGCCCUUGUACGUGAAAGAAUGGAUGAUUGGAAAGUUAGAAUAGAAGAGAAACUUGGCAAAAAAGUUAUUGAACUAACAGGGGAUGUGACUCCUGAUAUGAAAUCCAUCGCCCAGGCUGACCUUAUUGUUACUACACCAGAGAAGUGGGAUGGUGUCAGUAGAAGCUGGCAAAACAGGAACUAUGUUCAGCAAGUCACUAUUCUCAUCAUAGAUGAGAUCCACUUGCUCGGUGAGGAAAGAGGUCCUGUUCUAGAAGUCAUUGUAUCUCGAACAAACUUCAUCUCAUCACAUACAGAAAAGCCUGUUAGAAUAGUUGGACUAUCUACUGCAUUAGCUAAUGCUAGAGACCUUGCUGACUGGCUCAAUAUUAAGCAGAUGGGCUUGUUCAAUUUCCGGCCAUCAGUGCGCCCUGUUCCUCUGGAAGUGCACAUUCAGGGCUUCCCAGGUCAACAUUAUUGUCCUCGCAUGGCUAGUAUGAACAAACCUGCAUUUCAGGCAAUUAGAAGUCAUUCUCCAGCCAAACCCGUUUUGAUUUUUGUCUCCUCAAGACGUCAAACUCGACUUACUGCUUUAGAAUUGAUAGCCUUUCUGGCUACUGAAGAAGAUCCAAAGCAGUGGUUGAAUAUGGAUGAAAGAGAGAUGGACAGCGUCAUUGGAGCCGUGAGAGACUCCAACCUGAAGCUGACACUAGCUUUUGGAAUAGGAAUGCAUCAUGCUGGACUACAUGAAAGGGAUCGAAAAACAGUAGAGGAACUGUUCGUGAACUGUAAAAUUCAGGUUCUUAUUGCUACAAGCACAUUAGCCUGGGGUGUAAAUUUUCCAGCUCAUUUAGUAAUUAUUAAGGGAACAGAAUACUAUGAUGGAAAAACAAGACGUUAUGUAGACUUUCCCAUUACAGAUGUGCUCCAGAUGAUGGGGCGGGCUGGGAGGCCUCAGUUUGAUGACCAAGGCAAAGCUGUAAUUCUGGUUCAUGAUAUAAAGAAGGACUUCUACAAAAAAUUUCUUUAUGAACCUUUCCCAGUAGAAUCAAGCUUAUUAGGAGUGCUCUCUGAUCACUUAAAUGCAGAAAUUGCUGGUGGAACAAUCACAUCGAAGCAAGAUGCAAUGGAUUAUAUCACCUGGACUUACUUUUUCCGACGCCUUAUCAUGAACCCUAGCUACUACAAUUUGGGGGAUGUGAGCCAUGAUUCUGUGAAUAAGUUUCUGUCUCACCUUAUUGAGAAGUCCCUGGUUGAAUUGGAACUUUCCUACUGCAUUGAAAUUGGAGAGGAUAAUCGGAGCAUUGAGCCUCUGACAUUUGGCCGAAUUGCCUCCUAUUACUAUUUGAAACACCAGACAGUUAAAAUGUUCAAGGACCGUUUGAAACCUGAAUGUAGUCCUGAAGAGUUGCUUUCAAUUCUGAGUGACGCAGAAGAAUACACAGAUUUACCAGUAAGACACAAUGAAGACCAUAUGAAUAGUGAAUUGGCAAAAUGUCUACCCAUUGAAUUAAAUCCUCAUUCAUUUGACAGCCCCCAUACCAAAGCACAUCUCCUGCUACAGGCACAUCUCAGCCGAGCCAUGCUACCCUGCCCAGAUUAUGACACUGAUACCAAAACAGUCUUGGACCAAGCUCUCAGAGUAUGUCAGGCCAUGCUGGAUGUGGCUGCAAACCAGGGCUGGCUGGUGACUGCCCUGAAUAUCACCAACCUGGUUCAGAUGGUGAUUCAAGGUCGGUGGUUAAAAGACUCUUCUCUUCUUACAUUACCAAACAUAGAACAGCACCAUCUUCACCUUUUCAGGAAGUGGAAACCAGUUGUUAAGGGCCCUCGGACUAAGUGCCGAAGCUCCAUCGAGUGCCUUCCUGAACUGAUCCAGGCCUGUGGAGGGAAAGAACAUGUAUUUAGCUCCAUGGUAGAGAAGGAGCUGCAGGCUGUGAGGACAAAGCAGGCAUGGAAUUUCUUAUCUCGCUUGCCGGUGGUAAAUGUUGGCAUAAGUGUUAAAGGCUCAUGGGAUGACUUAGCUGAAGGACAUAAUGAACUGUCUGUCUCAACUCUGACCGCAGACAAACGAGAUGACAACAAAUGGAUCAGAUUACAUGCUGAUCAGGAGUAUGUGCUCCAAGUCAGCUUGCAGAGACUCCACUUUGGGUUCCACAAGGGGAAGCAGGAGAGCUAUGCAGUUACCCCUCGAUUUCCAAAAUCAAAAGAUGAAGGAUGGUACUUGAUAUUAGGAGAAGUAGAUAAGAGAGAGCUUAUUGCUUUAAAGCGAAUAGGAUAUGUUCGAAGUCAUCAUGAAGUUUCUCUUUCUUUUUACACUCCUGAAAUACCUGGAAGGUAUAUCUUCACCCUGUAUCUCAUGAGUGACUGCUACCUUGGCCUAGACCAACAGUAUGACAUUUAUCUCAAUGUCACACAAGCAAGCAUUUCCACACAGGUCAACACAGAGGUGUCUGAUGCCUUCUCUGAUCUCUGACCCAAACAAGCGAUUUGAAAGAAAUGGUCAAGAGUCUGGCUGCUCAGUCAUUCAAACAAAGUUGAAUUACUUGAUGUUUACCUUCACAGAAUCAACUUCUAACCUCAAGAGAUCCAGGAAAUUGAGAGUGGCUACAGUAUUGACUCCAGCAACACAAAGUUAGCCACAGUUGCCUUUUAAUAAACAUUGUCUUUUACAGUGCUGUCAGAUGAGUGAGCACAUAGGAUAAUCUUUUAAUUUAUGUAUAUUUGAGGUGAUAUUUAAGAGUUAUCAAUCAAAUUUCGCGUCUCACAAUAUACUGUUUACAUUAGCACUGGUUUCUUUUUCCUUUUUUUAAGGAAAACUAUAAUGAGAUGUGACAGCAUUAGAAUUAACUCUGCAACAUAAAAUACGUAAGUCUAUAAGGUAAUACACAAUGCAGCUUGUUAGCAACAUUUAUAGUUUGUUUUGGUCACAUGUAGAAGUAGUUUCAAGAAUUUCUUAAUAGUCGUAAAUGUUAAUGACAUAUAAUAUAAAACUAUAUUACAAAGUUCAGUCAUGACAAAGAAAAACAGAAUAUACUGAUCUUAGAAAAUGUGGACACUAUAAAUGGUAGAAAUAAAGUACAUAAAGUGCCACUUCAGGCAACCUGAUUCAAGUUUUUCUCCAGCUCCUUUCCUAUUAUAUCCUCUCUUCCUUUUCUUCUUUCUUCAUGACUACUUCUGUUCUGUCUCUGAUAUGUUUAUUUAUGCAAGGGGAGGAAUACCAUCUAAUUUGUGUAGUAAUAUAUAAAGACCAUAUUUCACAAUAUUUUGUCAUUAUACUCAACUCUACAGAUAGGUUUCACUUGUCAAAAAGGAAAUAUCUAUAUGUCUAAACAAGUUCCAAGUUCCGUAUGGAAAAUACUUUUUCAAA